AUGGAUUCUAGGCUUGCCGCUGAGGAUGUAGUGUUCUUAAUAGUGCCGUUUCCACUCCAAAGCCACCUAAACCAGCUCCUUCGCCUCUCAACCCUCAUCAGCUCCCGUGGCUUCUCCGUUCACUAUGCCACCACCGUUCUCCAUUGCCGUCAGGUCGAGCUCCGGCACGAUACGCCCAUCAACACUACUUGUCCAAUAAUAUUCCAUCAACUCCUUACACCCCCUUUUCUUUCUCCUCCACCCGAACCAUCCAUCUCUUCUGUUAAGUUUCUCGACCAUCUUAAGCCGACCUUUGAAGCCUCACAAACCUUGCGCGAACCUGUCGCUGCGUUGCUAAGGGAACUUUCCUCAACUACAACUAGAACUGGAACUGGAACUAGAAGACUGGUCAUCGUCCACGACAGCCUAAUGAAUUAUGCCGUCCAGGAUGCUGCUUCUCUUCCGAAUGCGGAGUCCUAUUCUUUCAAUUGUGGCUCAGUCUUCUGCACAUUCUGUUUUACCUGUCAGUUCACGGGGAGACCUUUCCCUGUCGAGUUGGAACCGGAGUCCAUUCCAACUUUAGACAAUUGCUUCAACAUUGAGAUCCUGAAACUUUUCGGCAAUGAAGAUGAAUUUGAUCUUAACAGACAUGGUAAGCUAUUCAACACCUGCCGAGCAAUGGAGGGCACUUACCUAGACUUACUAGUCGAAACAAUGUCCGCUGAGAAGGUCCAGAAGGAGAAGCUAUGGGCAAUCGCGCCCUUGUUUCCAGUAAUUACAGAAAACGACUACGACAAACCUCACCCAACCUUGGAGUGGCUCGAUAAACAACCACCAAAUUCGGUGAUAUACGUAUCAUUUGGGUCAACAACACUCAUGAGCCGUGAACAGAUCAAUGAGCUGGCUAUAGGAUUGGAAGAAAGUAAACAGAGGUUCCUAUGGGUGUUGAGAGAUGCCGACCGAGUAGACAUAUUCAACGCUGAAUCCACAAUCCUUCAGCUGCCUGAAGGGUUCGAGGAGCGGGUGAAAGGGGUGGGAAAAGUGACGAGAGAUUGGGCUCCUCAGCUUGGGAUUCUCCGGCACCCAUCGGUUGGAGGUUUUAUGAGCCACUGCGGCUGGAACUCAUGUCUCGAGAGCCUUACCAUGGGAGUGCCAUUGGCUACAUGGCCAAUGCACUCCGACCAGCCGCAUAACGCCUUACUCAUCACCCACAUACUCAAAGUGGGAGUUCAGGUCAUGGGUUGGGGAGAACGUGAUCAACUAGUGACCUCAUCUGCCAUUAAGAAAAGCAUUGAAAAUUUGAUGGCAUCGAGUGAAGGACAUGAGAUUAGAACAAGAGCGGAAGAAUUGGGAAGAGCUAUCAGGCAAUCAGUAGAGGGCGACCACCACGGAGAAUUGAAUUCUUUCCUAGCCUACGCAACUAGAUGA